AUGAAAGACAUCACCACAGUACCCUCUGCGCAAGCAGAGGCCGCGCCUACGUCAACAACACUCCAUAUUCCCGGCCCUUCAAGCGUCACCUUGACAAAAUCUCGAUCCGGCUGGUCCUGCAUCGACGAUAAUCGCCUCCGAAACAACCUCUUCGCUGCCGUCGGUUUUCUCGAACUCGCCAACGCAGGCGACUUCGCCGCUAAUGUCUGGAACGAGGUUCCCGUCCCCAUCUACGCCAUUGUCUUCAUGGCAAUAGGAGGAUGCUCUGCCUUCGUACUCUCAAUAUGUGCCUUCUGCGAUUCAACAAAAGCAUUGCGGAAUAUCAGAUUUUUGAAGAAUCAGAGACAAGUUUUGAAGGAGUCUGAAGGGGAAUUGAGUCGGGAUACGUUUGCCGAGGUCACGAAACGCGAGUUGAGGAUCGAGAUGAUUAAUAGAUGGUUGAUGGACUUGUUGAUGGGUGGUGGUGCUAUGCUCAUCAGCAUCGGUACAUUCAUGGCCAUUGGCGGUGCGAACCCUAAGGUCUGGUUCGCCAGUAACAUUCUGUCCGGAUAUCUCGGUAAUGCGCCGAUCGCUCUUUUCGGUCUUAUGAGCGCUAUUUGGGCGACCAUGGUAGUGGCUAAGAUGAACGCCCACCUCGCUGUCGCACGAAAGGAACUCCAAGGAUCACCCGCACUACCUGUUCUUAGGCAGCGAUGUUUCAACGUCCAAGUCUUCUUCGUCGUCAACGGCGCGUCGAAUGUUCUUGGUGGUGUCGGGUCCAUGCUGACGGCUGAGCGAUGGUGGGGAUACGUGAUACUCAUUCCCGUCAUUAUCUCUUCUAUCUUCUGCAACAUUUGGUGGCGUCACCGCGUGGGAUACGAUCGACCCUACAUCCCAACCCCACCAACAAUGAACGUCGACACCAUCACUGAAGCACUCGAAGCAUCAUCACAACUUCGACUCAGCAUUCAAGACGGCGCAGGCGUCGACUUGGAGACCAUCUGUGGCGGUACAGCUGGUCUGAAGGAAGUUCUGGAAUUCUUUGUGAGGCAUGACUUGUUUGAGCAAUUUGCUCUUCGGCUGGUUACGAAUAAGCAUGUUCGUGAUCUAUUUGUCAAGACUGGGGGUGUCAGUGCACAGAUCAGCGUUGAUGGGAUUUUGGCUACAGAGGAGGAACACCAUGCGGCUAUACUGGGUAUAGCGUUGACCUUCUUGAAGAAGCAUGGUCCGAGACAUAUGUUGCACCGAGAAAGAUUUCUGUUGGAAAUUCUGGGGACGUAUUUGGUGGAACAGAAGAAGAGCCAGACUGUUACAAUUGAGAAAUAA